GAAUUAGAUUAAAAUUUGGUACAUUUCCUUUAAUUGCAAGUUAUGCUAGAAGAUUAUGGCAACAAAUAAAGCAAGUAAAUACAGAUGAAAAUCCAAAUCCUUACACUGCCUCCUAUUCAAUUGAUAAACUAGAAGGAUUAGCUAAAGUUUAUCGAUUCUAUUUAUCAAACCCAGUGGAACAACUUCGUCAUACUCAAACUACAGAAAUAACUUCUGAUAUAAUAGAAAAUAUUGUAGAAACUGUGUUUAAAGAAUUUGAGGAAAUAUUAAUAGAGGAAGAUGAGGAUAUAGAAAUAUCUAGUCCUACUGAAAACCUUUAUUCAGAUGAACAAGACUUAGAUUUAAAAUUUAGUGAAAUUGAGUCUGAUGAUAAUGAUAUACAAGAGAUCGAAUAUGAUGUUGAUGAAAUUGUUGCCGCACAAUUAGAUUAUAGUUCAAAUUAA